CAGAGGCUGGUGAAGAGUCUCGUCGCGUCGCUCUCGUCUAGUUCAGCUGGAGACGUCGAGCUCUUAAAGCGGCCACAAUCGGUGGGUGCCUUAACCUGCGACCGGUGGAUUUCUCCCCCUUUAGGCGCCUUUUAUUGCAUUAAAAUUUGUCCUGUGUACGCGAUUUGCCCAAUCUGGAAAUGACCACUUAAAAUAGUAACCUUAUUUGGUAAUAUUAUCUCGUUUCUAAGCGUUAAAAAAACGAGGGAAAAUGGCUCUGUCUUGACCGGGGCAUUUGGCUUUCCAGAAGCCCGUAGUUCAUUCAAAAACUUGUGUGUUUUAGAAUCCCUUAAGUUGUCUGAAUAGACUCGAGAUAAACUCGGCUGAAAAGAGUGAUUCAAAAAAGAAAAGAAAGAGGAACAGAAGAACUUAUUUAAUAUUCAGGUAAAAAAAUAAAAAUUAGUUAAAACGUAGACAUUUGUUCCCAAAUGCUAGUUCAUGCAUAUCUGUGACAUGGGCUGGAUGACCCAACAUGAUUCCUCAUCUCCCGGCAGGAAUUGUAAGUAAGUGGAAAUUACCUGAGCAAUCUCAUGUUAACUCACGGUAUAUCGGACACUGUAACUGUACACACAGACAAUACAGUGACUUCGUAGACUUGAAGGAAGCCUAAGUUUGAAAUAUGCGAUUGUGAAAAACGCUGGAAAUUAAAAGAGCAAAGAUAUCUACGGUUUGGUUAGUGUAAAAAGAAAUAUUAAAGCAGAAAAGGAAGCUUAGAAAUAAAUAGAAUAACAAACAUGUGUUUUCCUUCGGCGAGGUCCUCUGUACCGUUGGCCCGGUCUUUCUGGACCGUGCUCUUCCUCCUCAUUGCAACUGCAAUAUCCGUGUUCGGAUUUUCCGUCAAAGCCACGUCCGCUUUCGGGCUGGAUGGGCUGGCCGGGAGGAUUUCUUCUUUAAAGAAAAUAAGUGGCCUUUCGCGAGAGCAGCCCCCAGCGCGGCCGGAGCAGAUUUGGGACAACCCUCUGCUUCGGCCCGCUUUCGACAACACCACGUCCAACAACGUCAUCACGGCUACUGGCAGGGUGUCCUACUUGCACUGCAGGGUCAAUCAUCUCGGAAAUCGAGUGGUAACGUGGCUUCGGAAACGUGACGGUCACGUGCUGACAGUUGGCCUUUACGCCUACACCACCGACCAGAGGUUCACUGCCCUCCACUCCGAGGGCUCCCCGGACUGGGUCCUCAAAAUAACCAGCCCGCAAACGAGGGACUCCGGCGUCUACGAGUGUCAGGUUUCGACGGAGCCAAAGAUUUCGAGGGCAUUUAAUUUCACUGUCGUAGAAUCCUUCGCAGUCAUCGAGGGUCAAAGCAGCAUAUACAUGAGCGCUGGGAACACGCUCAACUUGACCUGCCAGGCUUCCAUACCCGGAGACGCGCCUAAUUACUUUUAUUGGUAUCACAACGGCGAGGUCGUUCAAUACUCGGGGAAAGAGGUUACCGACGCAUCCUCCGCCACCACCAGCGGCCCCAGCGGACGAUCGAAGCUCGUUAUUAAAAACGUCCACGAUAAACACUCCGGCAACUACACCUGUGCCCCCGAGAACGCUGCACCUGCCACUGUCAGCGUCUACGUCCUGAAAGGAGAACACCCAGCAGCCAUGCAACACGGCGAGAGCUCAACAGCUGUCCCAAGGGCAUCCUUCUUAGCGCUCCUUGCCCUCUGCUCGGCAUUUAUAUUCUUCGGCAGAUGAUUGGAUGAACUGAGCUGCUGCCUAUAAGAAAUUAAAAGAUUUUUAUUAUUAAAAAAAUGACUAACCAAAUGUCAGUAGGAGUUGCAACAUGUCUCAAAAUACCACGAGAAUUGUAGAAACGAAAUGCACGUGGAGGAAAUUUGAUUCAUUUUCUCAGUUUCUCAGUCUUCUCUCUCUCUCUCUCUCUCUUUCACUGAUCUUUGGUGGCGGUGCGGUAAGUGGUUAUGGCUGUGGUGGUGAUUAUAAUGGUGAUAUUAGUUCAUACAGUGAUGGUAAUGGUGAUAGUGGUGAAUGGUGAGGACUAUGCAGGGAGAGCGUGAAGACUGAAAAUGUAACUGUGGGAUUAUCAUGCGAGAAAUGUUAUGGCAUAGCUUCAAACAAUACUUUUUGACUCUCGCCUUCUCUCUACAACUUGAUUAAAAAGUUAUGAUUCCUGGAAAUAUUCAAAUUAAAUCUCCUGGAAUUCCGAAAGGUAAUAUAUAUUGAAUGAAAACUAUUAUUUUACUACUAAUACCACUACUACGACUUCUGUUGCUGUUAUUAUAAUUACGCAUAAAAAUUCCGGGUUCUAUUCCCCGCUCUUCCAACGCGAAAUCAGAGGAAUUUAUUUCUGGUGAUAGAAAUUCAUUUCUCGAUUGUGAUUCGGAUCCCACAAUAAGCUGUAGGUUCCGUUGCUAGGUAACCAGUUGGUUUCUAGCACGUAGAAAUAUCUAAUCCUUCAAGCCAGCCUAAGGAGAGCUGUUAAUCAGUUCAGCGGUCAGGUAAAACGAAGAUUUAACCCAUAAAAAUUGGUAGUUUAUUCUUGAUACUGCUUUUAAAAGUAACAUCUGAUCAAAAUCCAUUUCUCACUGUGCGGGAGAGACUCAAAUCACUCCACCAAAAGAAGAGGUCGUCUUGAGAUGUGAAAUGGAGUGGAGAGGGGUGAGUGGGGUGGAUGGGAAUCUUCUUAUGGGAGAGGGGGUAGGUGGGUGGGUAGGCUGCGCAUCGGUGGGCAGUCGUUAGGACCAUGAUAAAGGACCAAUAAGCGGAGGAAGCACCACUUAGUCAAGGGCGGGGCAGAGCAGGAAGUUGCGAAGCUGGGAGGCAGGCAGACACCAACUACGUUAGACGAAGGGAGGCGGCUAAAAUAAGGGCGCAGGAAAUUCAAUUUCGGACGGGGAGGAAAUUUGAAGUUUCGCGGGGAAUGGGAAGAAGAAGAGGUCCCUGAGGUGAGGGGGAUGGAGAGGAGUCCCACUUCCAGCAGCAGCAGCAGCGCGUUCUGGCAGUUAAGAUGGGAGGAAGUCAAAGGCCGUAAUUACUACAAGUUUGCCCUCCCCCCUCCCUCCCACAAAAUUCCUUUUCCGCCAAAAGGGCGCGAGGGGUCAGUCGUCACUCCCAUCCAUUUCUCCAAUUUGAGGCCUGGUAAUGAGGCCAAGGUGGAAAUGAAAAAGGAAAACCGAAAGGAGCUGGAAGGAAGUUCGUCGCAGCAGCUGGCGAUGGUAAGAAGAUGCAGGACCUAAUCCGGAGAAAUGGACGGCCGUAGAUAACGAGGUCAGGAAAUGGCCCUGCAGAUGUUCGUUGAAAAUUCUGAGGACUUUUUCCCUCUUGUGUGUGUGUGUGUGUAUAUAUAUAUAUAUAUAUAUAUAUAUAUAUAUAUAUAUAUAUAUAUAUAUAUAUAUA